AUGAAGGACCUGAGCGCCACGAGCUGGAAAUGGUGGGAGGAGGUGUUGAACUUCGCCAUGAUGGCGUAUCGAGAGUGGCUUCAGGCGGAACCAGUCCAGAGGCUCUACAUCCGGCCGAGGGUCCCAACGGAGUGCACGGGGGUUUGGAGUCGGCUGGAACAGCGAGGCCAGUUGAUGCUCCUCAACGCAGUUCCGCAGAGCAUCAAGGCGGAGAUCCUGGCUAGCAGGACGACCAGCUCGGUGGAGGUUCUCUAUGCGCUGUUUCGGCGCUAUCAACCCGGGGGGCUUGCUGAGAGGUCCCGACUCCUUCGUCAGCUGGUGGAACCGAAGACCCCCCAGACGAUGAAUGAAGUGGUUGAGGCACUCAGGGGAUGGAGGCGCAGCUUGAGACGCGCCCAGGAGCUGGAGAUUGCCACUCCGGAUGCUACCCUCCUUCUGGGGGCGCUUGAUCGAAUGUCUGAGUUGGUGGGGAAGACAUCAAGCCAGGUGGCCUUUCGAAUGUCAUCUACAAGAGCGGCUCUCGGGGUGGACGUGACGCCCUCGUUGGAGACGGUGUUGAACUUCUCGGACAUGCUCACUGCGGAGGCCGAGUCGUUGGCCAUCAGUGAACUGCAGCCAGUGACGGAGGUCAAGACGGUCCCUUUGGCAACCAAGGUCAAAGCCAUGGCGGCAGUGACUGAAGAAAAGGGGGAUAAGGGGGCUGGGAAAGCCAAGAGUGAGGUAAAAUCCGAGGAGAAGAUCUGUCGCUUCUGGGGAUCAGAAGAGGGCUGCCGGAAAGGACAGGAGUGCCGGUUCAAACAUGAUUGGACCAACUUGGAGAAGAAGGGCCGCUGCUUUGGGCGCUCAUCGACCAAGCAUUCCAAGCGGGAGUGUCCGGCCACCAAGAUGAAGGGUGAUGGAGAAAAGCAGGUGAAGACCUUCAAGAAAGAGGCUGAGAAAGGUGGUGGGGCCAAGAAGAACGAGCGGGAGCCCGUGGUCGAGAACCAGGCGUCCUCGGUUGAGGAGGUGGUGGAUGAGAAGAGGGUGGAAAAGCCGGCAGCUAGUUCUGGAGAAGUUCAAGCAUUGUUGUCGGAGGCCACUACUCUUUUGAAGACCUUGAGACCGGCUGGGGAUGGGAGAGCCUCGCUGAAGGCGGUCAAGCUGAGCAGCCUGGAGGUGAAGACUACGGAUCGUGCUCUCCUCGACGGAGGAGCAACCCACUGGCUCAGGAAGGCGGAGUCGGAGGAAGAAUGGAUGAGGGCCCAAGAGGUCCGAGUGGAGCUUGCGGAAGGAUCAGUGGUGCUGAGGCAGCUUCCUUGGACAAAGACCCUUCUCACACAGAACGAUGUUCAGACCAUCGUGCCGCUUGGCGUACUGAUCUCGCUCGGCUAUGAGGCCUACUGGGAGAAGGAGCGCUUCACGCUGACGGACCCGAGUGGUGCCCUGCUGGAUGUCGCGAUUGAAGGCAUGUGCCCAACGGUCGGGGAAGGCUUGGGAAGAGAGCUCAUUGCAGAGAUCGAGAGAAGCAUGGUUCGGGAGAGAGCCAGGUUGGCGGUGCUGAACGGAGAGGAGAAUCAGAGCGAGCUCGAGCUGGGGGAGAUUCACCAUCUCAAGGAGCUCCGAGAGUUGUUCCCAGAGGUCCCGCUUCGGCUGUUGGUGAGGAUUUUGCCGAAGGUUGGAUGGAGGGGGGAGUCGAUCCCUUGGAACCGACGUGAGCGGAGACGAGUUCGCAAGGCGCGGGAAGUUGUGGUGCACCUCUUCAGCGGGGACACCAAGAGGUAUUGGCAGAGGGAGCUCGAGUCGGAAGGCAGAGCAGUCCUAUGUGUGGACACGGUGAUUGACCCCGGCAUGAACAUCCUCCAGGACGACGUCUUUGCCUACCUGCUGGAGAUUGCCGACGGUGGCACACUUCGAGCGCUCUUGGGGGGGCCGCCCUGCAGGACGAUGAGCAGGCUGCGGUAUCGACAGCCAGGGCCACCUCCACUUCGAGAACGAGAAGGUCCGGGAAGAUUUGGACUGCCGAAUCUGGACCCAGUACUGAGGCAGCAGGUGGAAGAUGACACUCUACUCUGGCUGAGGCAGAUUUACCUUCACCAUCGGGCAUGGAGAGCGGCUCAACCUCGAAAGGUGGUAACGGCCUUGGAACAGCCAGAUGACCCGGAGGCCUAUCUGGGAGAAGCCAAGACGGGAGCAGGAGAGAUGGCCGGGGAGAACAUGGAGAUGAGUGGAAAGCCAAGGGAGCUGAGUGGGCGUCUCAAGGCAGCGCUGGUGGUCGCGGUGCGUGAAGAGCUGGGUAGUGAGGAGCCUCAGAUCAAGAGGAUGGACCUGGAAGUUGAGGAGACGGAGGAGAAGAAAGAGAAGGAUCCCCGGAAGGGUGCCAUCUUGGUGUUUCUGCCCGGCCUGGGAGAGAUCACUCAGCUCAUGCAUGGAGCCCAAGUUCACACUCCAGGCGUGAAGUGGAGGAUCCAAAAAGAGCUGAGGUCGAAGCUCGCGGAGGACAGUCAAAUGGCCUCCAAGUGGUGGCUGCUGCCGCUACAUGCCAAUCUGCCUCCAGAGGACCAGAGCGGGGGCCUUCUUGAGGUCCGUCGAGGCUGCACGCGAAAGAUCAUUUGCUCCACCAACGUCGCGGAGACCUCCGUCACCGUCUGGGGGCCGAGCCGUCCGGACGGAGAGGGACGUUCGUUGCCGCCCUUGGAACGGCCUAAAGUUCCGGACGUCACCGUGGUCAUUGACACGUGCCGGGAACGGAGGAAUCAGGAGGGGAUCGCAGGGUAUCGGAAAUGGAGCCUGCGCAGGCAUUUGGAGCGGAUGGAUGCGAUUUCUCCACCAGAGAUGCAGCGAGUGCCCUUGGAGAAUGUGUACUUGCAGGCACGAGCAGAGCAAUUGAGAUAA